UUACAUGAGCUCAGCAGGUUACAGGAGAACUGGAGAAAAAAGUGAUUUUUCACAUAAAAUCAACAUGAACCGUGAAGACCGGAAUGUGCUGCGUAUGAAAGAACGGGAAAGGCGAAAUCAAGAAAUUCAGCAGGGUGACGAAGCCUUCCCACCCAACUCCCCUCUCUUUGCUGAACCCUACAAAGUGACCAGCAAAGAGGACAAGCUGUCGAGCCGCAUCCAGAGCAUGCUGGGGAACUAUGAUGAGAUGACGGAUCUCAUCGGGGAGCGGCCGCUGCAGAAGAUCGUGGCCAUCCCCAAGCCCUCGGUGCCCACGGCGCCCGACGACAAACCCGUGCCCGGCUUCUUCGGGGAGCAGCGGCACGGCGCGGGCUCCCACCAGAGCAGCAAAUGGACCCCGGUGGGGCCGGCCCCCAGCACCUCGGCCCAGUCCCAGAAGCGCUCCCAGGGGCUGGGGGGCCACGGGCAGCGCUCGGGGGGCGGCGCGGCCGCGGGGGCCCGGCACGAGCGCGACUCCUACGGCGGCGGCGGCCGCAAGAAGGGCCAGCACGGCUCCGAGCACUCCAAGGGCCGCUCCGGCAGCCCCGGGAAGCCGCCGGCCGUGGCCUCGCUGGCCCCCGGGCACUCCAGAGCCCACGGCAGCGAGCACCACGGCAAGGAGCACCAGCGCUCCAAGUCGCCCCGGGACCCCGAGCCCAGCUGGGACUCUCCCUCGCGCGUGCCCUCCUUCGCCAGCGGGCAGCACUCGACCCAGUCCUUCCCCCCCUCGCUGAUGUCCAAGUCCAGCUCGAUGUUACAGAAACCCACUGCCUACGUCAGGCCGAUGGACGGGCAGGAGUCCAUGGAGCCAAAGCUUCCCUCAGAACACUACAGCAGCCAGAGCCACGGCGGCGGCGUCAACGAGCUGAAACCCAGCAGCAAGGCGCACCUCACCAAGCUGAAAAUUCCCUCUCAGCCACUGGAUGCAUCAGCCUCUGGUGAGGUGAGCUGCGUGGAUGAAAUCCUCAAAGAGAUGACCCACUCCUGGCCUCCUCCACUGACUGCCAUCCACACCCCCUGCAAAACUGAACCCUCCAAAUUCCCCUUUCCAACCAAGGAGUCUCAGCAGUCCAGUUUUGGCACUGGAGAACAGAAACGAUACAAUCCCUCCUCCAAAACCUCCAAUGGUCAUCAGUCCAAAUCAUGUGAAUCGAACCAGACAGAUAUGUUGAAAGAUGACUUAAAACUCAGCAGUAGUGAAGACAGCGAUGGAGAGCAGGACUGCGAUAAGACCGUGCCAAGGAGCACACCUGGAAGUAAUUCUGAGCCUUCCCAGCACAACAGUGAAGGAGCAGAUAACUCCAGGGAUGACUCGAGCAGCCACAGCGGCUCCGAGAGCAGCUCGGGCUCCGACUCGGAGAGCGAGAGCAGCUCCAGCGACAGCGAGGCCAACGAGCCCUCCCAGAGUGCAUCCCCCGAGCCAGAGCCACCACCCACAAACAAGUGGCAGCUGGAUAACUGGUUGAACAAAGUUAAUUCCCAUAAAGUGUCACCAGCUUCUUCCGUGGACAGCAAUAUCCCUUCUUCCCAAGGCUACAAGAAAGAGGGACGGGAUCAGGGUACAGGGAGUGGGUACACUGAUCAAGGUGGAUCCAAGGACUCCAUUUCUUCUACACCAGGGAGAGAUUCCAAACCCACCCAGAAGGGCUCGGAGAGCAGUCGUGGGAGGCAGAAAUCACCUGCCCAGAGCGACAGCUCGACUCAGAGGAGGACUGUAGGGAAAAAACAGCCCAAGAAAGCAGAAAAGACAUCUGUGGAAGAGCCCAGAGGAGGUCUUAAAAUAGAAAGCGAAACCCCAGUAGACAUGGCAACAAACAUCCCUUCCAACAGGCACAAGGCAGCCACCAAAGGCUCCAGGAAACCCAAUAUAAAGAAGGAGCCCAAGUCUUCCCCUCGGCCUACAACGGAGAAAAAGAAAUACAAGGCUUCGAGCAAAUCUGCCCAGAAAUCCAGGGAAUUCAUCGAAACAGAUACCUCAUCCUCUGAUUCAGAUGAAAAUGAGAGUCUGCCUCCUUCCUCACAAACACCCAAAUACUCUGAGAGCAAUAGGACUCCUGUUAAAUCUUCCAUGGAGGAGGAUGACAGCUUUUUCCGGCAGAGAAUGUUCUCUCCUAUGGAAGAGAAAGAGCUUCUGUCCCCGCUGAGUGACCCUGAUGAAAGGUACCCACUCAUUGUGAAGAUUGACCUGAGCCUCUUAUCCAGGAUACCAGGGAAGCCUUACAAGGACCCCGAGGGAGCCAAGGCGGAGAAGAAGAGCGCCCCGGAGAAACACGGCCGGGAGGGCCAGAAACAGCCCUCAGACAAGGGCUCCACCAAAGGCAAGAGGAAACACAAACAGAACGAGGAUGAAAACAGAGCCAGUGAAAGCAAGAAAACGAAACUGGAAGAAAAAGCUCCCUCAGGACACAAGAAUUCCAGCAGCAGGGAGUCUUCAAAGCCAAGUGCUGUUAAAGAGAAGGAUUUGCUGCCCUCCCCUGCUGCCCCAGCCCUGCAGAAGGAUUCCAAGCAGGAGCACAGCUCCAGGAAGAGAACAGUCAGUCAGUCCUCAUCCCUAAAAUCCAGCAGCAACCCGGGCAAGGAGAGCAGCAGUGGCAGCAAGAGCAGCUCCUCCUCCAAGCAGAAGAAGACAGAGGGGAAGGGGUCCAGCAGUGCCAAGGAAGCCAAGGAAAAGAUCCUGAACAAUUCCUCCAGCUGCCCUCCUGCCUCUGCUCAGGCCACGGAAAGUGUGAAGUCGAGGAGAGCAAAGCUUGUUUUUGAUGAUAGGACUUACUCAGCUGAUCACUAUUUGCAGGAAGCAAAGAAGCUGAAACACAAUGCAGAUGCUUUGUCGGACAGGUUCGAGAAGGCCGUGUACUACCUGGAUGCUGUCGUGUCCUUCAUUGAGUGUGGGAAUGCAUUGGAGAAAAAUGCUCAGGAAUCCAAGUCCCCGUUCCCUAUGUAUUCAGAAACUGUGGAAUUAAUCAAGUACACUAUGAAACUGAAGAAUUACUUGGCCCCGGAUGCGACGGCUGCAGACAAAAGGCUGGCAGUGCUUUGCCUUCGGUGCCAAGCUCUGCUGUACCUGAGGCUUUUCAAACUGAAAAAGGAAAGUGCAUUGAAAUACUCCAAAACUCUGACUGAACAUCUGAAGAAUUGCUACAAUAAUUCUCAAGCACCGUCACCUGGUAUGGGAAGCAAACCUGUUGGGAUGCCAUCUCCAGUCUCUCCAAAGCUGUCUCCAGGGAAUUCAGGAAAUUACUCUUCCGGGGCAGCCAACCCUUCAGGGAGCGGGUCCUCGGUGACGAUCCCGCAGCGCAUCCAUCAGAUGGCUGCCAGCUACGUCCAGGUCACCUCCAACUUCCUCUAUGCCACUGAAAUCUGGGAACAAGCAGAACAGCUCUCGAGAGAGCAGAAAGAGUUCUUUGCAGAACUGGACAAGGUGAUGGGGCCCCUGGUGUUUAACACGAGCAUCAUGACGGAGCUGGUGCGUUACACGCGGCAGGGCCUGCACUGGCUGCGCCUGGACGCCAAGUGAGGACCCGGCCCAGCCCCUCUUCAGCUGCCUCUGAUUCCUCUCCACAACACUGUGUCAUGUCAAUAAGGAAGACUGCCAUAACACAUUGCUUAGUUGACACUAAGAGCAAGGAAUGCUUUCCCAUGUCUCCCAUCCUCAUUUGUGUUUUGUGUUUAACCCCAAAUCAGCUGGUUCAUGGACUUCUCCAGUAUUCCCGGUUUAAGUUAUUUAAAUAUUUGAAAAUUUGCUACGUAAAAGUUGUAGUUUUGCUGAUCUGUCAUGGAUAGAUCAUUGGGAUUCCGGUCACAAUACAUGAAUAGUCAGUUUAAAUCCUAUUUAUUUUAAUUUUUUUAAUUUUAAUUUUGAAAAGCCCCCUUUGGGGCUGGUUUUAGCUAUUUCUUCUUCCCUAAAUUUCCCCUUUUGAGUACUUAGAAAUUAAACCUAGACACUUUAUUUAAGUACGUUGUGAGCUUUGUUACUCUGUAAUGUCUUGUGGUGGUAGAGCCUGUAAAAGGAACUAGGGUUGAUAGGUUCUAAUGAGUAGGGACACCAUACUUCUCAUGCCUAAUGCCUAUGAGUCGACUAAUAAAUGACAAUUACAGAUUUAUUAUUGCAGAAUUUGUACUAAAUAGAAAAGUUCCAGAUAUUCUUCUACGUAUUGAGAUACUUCAUUUAAAUGAAUUAUAAAGAAAUUUAUAUGGAAAAAUAUUUAGCUGGAUCUGCCUUGGAUUGUUUCCAAGGCAGCUUCAAGCCAUCGAUUAACACUAUAACAAUCACAAAACAUUACAGUAAUUUGCAUUUAAUGUAACGUCCAGGCAAUGGUGUAGGAAUGACCUUCAGUUUGAUGGGUGCGAUGCAAACAGGAAAGGCUUUGGAAAAGGACAAUCUCGUGCUUUUUUGCAUCUCUUCAUUUCAAAUACCUUUUGUUUCCAUGCUUGACACUUUUUGACAGUUACAAAAUUGGGGAACUUUGUGGUUCCAAACGCAAGAGUAGCUCAGUUCCUACCAGAACGGUCAUUUGCAUCUUUUCCAUUGACUGAGAAACCAGGAAUCUUUAGUAGAACUCUAGGUCCAUGUUGUCCUCUUAGGGUCUGCUGGGUGAUGGACACUACAGGCUGGCAGCGCAGCAGCCGCCGUGGGGUGGGAGCAGAGCUGCUCCUGCAGGAAGCACUGUUCUGUGCAGGAUGGAUGGCAAACUUGGCUUUACCCCGUGCUAAUGAAGGUCCCGUUCAUGUCAUGUAACGUCCACUCCCGAGGGGGCUGCUGGGUGCCACAGAGGGGUGGUGGAGCUGCAGGUGGCCCCUCUUCGAGUGCAAACCAAAGUACCUUUCCAUGUGAGGUGCUUGUCUGAGUUAAAGGUUUCAAAUGCUACUGCUUUCAGUAUUGCUUAGUGCCCCCAACAUGUCUGGUGUGCCUUAUGCCUUACUUUUAGAUGAAGAUUUUAUGAACUGUUUACAAGAUGUUUUUCAGCAGGACCAGGUAUACUGUAUGCAGUGGUCUUCUGCAGUACUUGGGUAAAAUUCCAUUUCCUUUUUCAAAGUCCCGGUGUCUGUCACACAAACUGACUCAUCGUGGUAGUCUCCUUCCCCAGAGUCCAACUCUGAAUCCUUUGGAGUGAGAUUGUGGAAUGCUGCUUUGUUUUCUCUCCCAUUGAACCCUUUAUUCUGUACCAGAUAUGAACGUGCAUGUUCAGGAAAAUUAUUGCACUAAAUUUUUUGUGUAGGUGUAGUUAAGUGCCAAAAUCACGGCAACCUCGAGAGAAGGAAUAGAAUUCUACGCUCCUUAGUACUGCAGUAUGUCCUAUGGGCUUUAAGAGUUUAGAAGUUUUGCAAAUUAGUAACCUACUACAAGGUAGCUGCAUCUUCGUAGAGCUUCCUUUGCGUCCCAGCGUGUUUUGUACUUCCAGAAAAGCUUUGCUACGUCCGGAUUGACAAACGGGGAACAGACCUGGGGCUCUCCCUGACUCGACUCUUCAGGUCUGUCGGAGCAUCCUUUUUAUGGAAUCACUGUGCAAGGUCACCUUUCUGUUAGUCUUUGCUGUUGGAGACAGAACUCUGUACCCUCAAACUCCCCGCCGUGGGCAUGGGACACUGUCAGCUGUGUUUCCUUUCCUCCUCUGAAGUGCCUCGCACACCUCUGACGCUGAGAAAUCCCUUGGUAGAAGUUGCAUUCGUGGGUGGGUUUGUGUGUAGUGCUGCACUAGCCAGCGUGGCUGUUCUUGGCUUGCUCCUUUGUGCACAGUCACCAUUGCUGUCAGCAGGAAUGGUGGCAUCUCGGGGAAUUUUUUUUCCUUAACUAGAGUCCCACAAAUACCUUUUGGUGUCACGCAAAAUCGACCCCUUGAAAACGCAUCGCUUAUCCCUAGAGCAGUGGAUCUUAGAAAUUGGCUUCAAACAACCAGAAGGCUUUUUUAGCAUCGUGUCAAAAUGUGGACCUGAGCUGGUUGGAAGUGUCCCAGCUGAAGGGUGAGCUCCAUGGUGGCCCAUCCUCUGGAGUGCUGUCCCAGGCGUUGUGUCCGUGCAGGGGAUGCGCAGGGCCUUGGCGAUGGAUAGGAAAUGCCUUGUGCAGCUGGGGCUGGUGCAAACAGAUCAGUUCAAACCUUACAAUUCCAAAAGCAUAUCUUAAUUUGGGAUUGACCCUUGCUUCCAAGAGGAAAGUUCUGUACUUGAUCAGAUUUUAUAGCCAAAAAAGAAAAAAGCAAUUAAGUCCUAGGCUUCCAUCCCUCUGCCAAAGCAGGAGGGCUCUGUCCCUGUCCUGGGCAGCUCCCAGCACCACAGGGGAGUGCAGGUCACAGGAGUGACUAAGGAGGGACUCCCCAAUCCUGGCUUCCGAAAUUAUUCCCUGGACAGGGAAUAUGGAUCAAUACAUAUCAAUGCUGUAAUUUUAAUCCCUUUGCUGAUCAGGGCCCCAGUUGGUGAAUCUUAAAAAUGGCUCAAUCAGACUAGGCUUGCUCAGCUAUCUGUGCUGUUUGACUUUGCUCUCAGACUUGCAGGUUCCAGGUGAUAAAGGUGCAAACCAUUUAUAAUUCCAAACAAAUCUUCAGGACCCCAGAGUAAACCAGCCCAAGAGUUUUGUUUUGAUUUGAAUCUCAGCCAUAAAGCAGAGCAGACGGAUGGCUCUCCUUGGCUUCGAUGGCAGUAUGCAAUUUGUAUUGUAUGUGUCUUUUAAUAUAUAUGUAUAUAUAUAUGACUCAGUCUGUCCAAAGUAUAUGUUAUACUUGUUUUUAGAUUAUGGUGCAACUGACUAUAUUGAUAUAUUAUUUAUUGAGUGCUGAGUCACCAUCUUAUUGGUGAUAAAUAUUGCAUAUUAUCCAGGAGUGCAAUGUAUAUUCCUUUAGAUUGCUGAGGCUUGAUUGCUGUGGUAACAAAAAAUGCCCUGAAAUGUAUUUAUGAAUGGCCCCAACACACAGAGAGUCAGAAUUUAUGGGAAUGAUGUAGCACUUGCCUGGGGCAAGUAAAAUAAAGCCGUAGGCAGAGAAUUAUGGAGUUUGCCCAAAAGGCAAACUGCUGGAGAGAGAAACUACCUUUGCUGUAUUUAAUGUCAUUUUCUGAACAGAUCUUUGCUGUCACUGCAGUGUUUCCAUUGAGGCAGAUCCACAAGGGCCUGAGCAAGUCAAGUUUGAAUUACCCAUUGGGGAGUAAACAACUUCCAAAUUCUUACCUUCACGACAAAUCCUUGGGUCAGGGUUGAAGCUUUUCCCUGUGCUGUGUCAGUGUUCUGGAAAACCCCUGUUCCCGAGCAGUGAGGUCAGUGCUGGGCAUCCUGAAGGACAGAGAGGAGCCAGAGCUUUGCUCACCAACUCACCCAGAUCCAGAGCUGUUCCUGGAGGGUCAGGAAGGGGCAGUGGGAUCCUGCUGUGGCCGAGCUUUGGGGCUGUGGUGCCCCUGGGGAGGGAAGGGCUCCUGGGCUGGGCUCCCCUGGGCAGCUCAGGCUCAGCCCUGGCUGCUCUGGAGCAACUCCAGCUGCUGUGGCAGCUCACGGGGAGCUGGGCUUGGUGUGGCUGUGCCUCCCGUGCUUCCAUUCCACCUGGGAGCUCAGUUCCCAUGGCUGUGUGAGCUGGGCUUGGUGUGGCUGUGCUUCCAUUCCACCUGGGAGCUCAGUUCCCAUGGCUGUGUGAGCUGGGCUUGGUGUGGCCAUGGUUCCAUUCCUGGGAGCUCAGUUCCCAUGGCUGUGUGAGCUGGGCUCAGUGUGGCCAUGCUUCCCCUGCUUCCAUUCCACCUGGGAGCUCAGUUCCCAUGGCUGUGUGAGCUGGGCUCAGUGUGGCCAUGCUUCCCCUGCUUCCAUUCCACCUGGGAGCUCAGUUCCCAUGGCUGUGUGAGCUGGGCUUGGUGUGGCUGUGCCUCCCGUGCUUCCAUUCCUGGUGGGAGCUCAGUUCCCAUGGCUGUGUGAGCUGGGCUCGGUGUGGCUGUGCUUCCAUUCCUGGGAGCUCAGUUCCCUGUGGCUGUGUGAGCUGGGCUUGGUGUGGCCAUGGUUCCAUUCCUGGGAGCUCAGUUCCCAUGGCUGUGUGAGCUGGGUUUGGUGUGGCCAUGGUUCCAUUCCUGGGAGCUCAGUUCCCAUGGCUGUGUGAGCUGAGCUCGGUGUGGCUGUGCUUCCAUUCCACCUGGGAGCUCAGUUCCCAUGGCUGUGUGAGCUGGGCUUGGUGUGGUUGUGCUUCCAUUCCACCUGGGAGCUCAGUUCCCAUGGCUGUGUGAGCUGGGUUUGGUGUGGCCAUGCUUCCAUUCCUGGGAGCUCAGUUCCCAUGGCUGUGUGAGCUGGGCUUGGUGUGGCCAUGGUUCCAUGGUUCCAUUCCUGGGAGCUCAGUUCCCGUGGCUGUGUGAGCUGGGCUUGGUGUGGCCAUGGUUCCAUUCCUGGGAGCUCAGUUCCCAUGGCUGUGUGAGCUGGGCUUGGUGUGGCCAUGGUUCCAUUCCUGGGAGCUCAGUUCCCAUGGCUGUGUGAGCUGGGCUUGGUGUGGUUGUGCUUCCAUUCCUGGGAGCUCAGUUCCCAUGGCUGUGUGAGCUGGGCUUGGUGUGGCCAUGGUUCCAUGCUUCCAUUCCUGGGAGCUCAGUUCCCAUGGCUGUGUGAGCUGGGCCUGGUGUGGCCAUGGUUCCAUGGUUCCAUUCCUGGGAGCUCAGUUCCCAUGGCUGUGUGAGCUGGGCUUGGUGUGGCCAUGGUUCCAUUCCUGGGAGCUCAGUUCCCAUGGCUGUGUUCCUUUGGGGCAGCCUGCCCCAGUCCCCAGCCCUGUCCCAGCACCGGCUCCUGGCGCUGCCUUGGCAUUCCACAUCCCAAACUCUACUCCAAGGACCAGGCAUGACUUUCCAAGCACAGUUCCUGACAUUUGUAUCUGGUCCCCCUUUUAAAUUGUUUUAAAAAAAUUUUGUAUAUGGAGGAUAAAGUGCUUAUAUAUUUAUUAAAAAUCCUUUAUCUUAUUUGAAAUUAUUAUUUGGUGAAGAAGGGGUUUUUCUUUUGGGGGAGGGCUGGGGAGGGGAGGUAACUUUUAACCUGUCACUUAUAAAUGAAGCCCUGAUUAAUCCUACAGAAAGGUACUAUUAGUAACUAAUGGGAUGUCUCUGUUUUAUGCUUUGUACAUGACAAGUCCAUGUGUUACAUUUUGUUUUCUAUCAAAAGAUUUGGGCAUCUGUCUUCAACCAAAACCAGAAAAAAUAGAAACAAACUGUGAUUUUAUUUGUUGCAAUACAUUUGAAAUUUCAAAGGGUACUUUGGGGCUCAAAAUUAGGAUUUCUAAGUCAGUAUGUGCAUUUCACGUAAUAAAGCUGUUAAUGGUGAGCAAAGUAUUAUAUACUAACUAGAUUUUUUCCACAUCUGUAUAGUAUAUUCUAUGUAUUUUGUGGUAUUGAGAUUAUAGAAAGUUUAGUGUCUGAAACAUGCGUUUAAUGUGUAUUUUUAAACAAAUUUAUGGCAAUUAAAAUAUUUGGAGAAAAGGGUAUCACAUUUCAAUUUGUAAAGAUCUUUUUAACUACUGUGUCAUUAAAAUGCUUUGUACAAUGCAAAACUGUAACUGGAGAAACUAAGUUUAAUAAAUAUCAAAUAGAUUUUCUGUAUUAAACUGCCAA